AAUUAGUGCAUUCAAGUCCAAUGGAGAACAAACUGUGAUCUCAUUUCCUUGUGGUUGCUUAACUUCCAAUGACUUCUUAACUUGACAGAAAGAAAGUGAUGGAGGACUGCAGUUGAAGGGAAAGCAAAUCGUAAGAGAGAUGGUACAUAAUAGUGACAGUGAUGAAGAUGAGACGUUUUACUACCGCUACUCUUCUGCUACUCCCUCUUCCUCAGGAGCAGAACAUCACCCCUCCAAGACCACAAAGAAAUCUGGUGGCAGCGGCGGGCUAGCACCAUCAAAAUCAACGGUUUACGUAAGCAAUCUAGACUACAGCCUUACUAACUCCGAUCUUUUCACCAUCUUUUCUACCUUUGGCAAGGUUGCAAAGGUCACUGUCCUCAAAGACCGUGUCACCCGCCAAAGUCGUGGUGUUGCCUUUGUCCUCUUUGUCUCACAAGAUGAUGCUCGCAAAGCUGUUCAAGAGAUGCAUGGAAAGAUCUUGAACAAAAGAACUAUCAGUGUCUCAAUCGCCACUGACAAUGGCCGAGCCCCCGAGUUCAUACGGAGAAGGGUAUACAAGGACAAAACUAGGUGCUACGAGUGUGGUGAGGGUGGCCAUUUGUCUUAUGAGUGUCCUCGUAAUCAGCUUGGACCACGGGAGAGGCCUGUGCCAAAGAAGGUAAGGACAGCUCAGACAGGGAAGGGAGCAAGGCUAUGGCUAACAGGCGGUGAUGAUGAUGAUGAUGAUGGUGGUGAUGAGUCAGAUGGUGCAGAGGGCUUUGAGGAUGAUAAUUGGGCAUCUGUGGUUGACACUAGAGGGGCCAAUGAGAGGAUGAUGAAAGAAACUGAGGGUAUUGUAGAGAAGAAGAUGAAGAAGGAGAAGAAAUCAAGUUAUUUUAGUGACGAGAGUGAUGAGGAUGACUAAUUUGGUUUCUGUUUCUAUGUAAAUUUAUAUUGACAAGAUGUUAAUAGAAGAACCAUAUUUUGUGUUUUUUUUUUUUUCGUCUUUGGAUGUAAAUUGGUUUCUGGUUGAGUUCUCGAAGCAUUCAUUCUUUCAAC